ACACUUAGAUUUUAAAAGCGCAAAACUACAUUUAUUUCGUUAAAUACUACUGGACCGCCAUUAAAAAUGAAUCGCCUGUUUCUCAAAAGGGCGGGACAGCAUGUAACCAGGAGCCUUCUUGGUCCAAAUGGGAGUCGUCUGCUUCAAGUGUCCUGCGUUCGAGAUGCCAGUUGCAAAGAUGAGUACUCCUUGAUAGACCACAAGUUCGAUGCGAUUGUCAUUGGUGCCGGUGGAGCUGGAAUGCGGGCUGGAUUUGGGCUGGCGGAGAAGGGUUUCCAAACGGCCAUUAUAUCAAAGCUAUUUCCCACCCGAUCUCACACGGUGGCUGCCCAGGGUGGUGUUAAUGCCGCCCUCUCAAAUAUGGACAAGGACGACUGGAAGUACCACUUCUACGACACGGUGAAGGGCUCCGAUUGGCUGGGUGAUCAGAACGCGAUCCAUUACAUGUGUCGGGAGGCGGAGAGGGCGGUCUGCGAACUGGACAUGUACGGGAUGCCCUUCUCGCGAAAGCCCGAUGGCAAGAUCUACCAGCGACCUUUUGGAGGUCAGACCUUGGACUACGGAAAGGGCGGGGUGGCCAGAAGGGCGUGUGCAUGUGCAGAUCGCACGGGUCACGCCCUUAUCCACACACUGUACGGACAAACGCUGAAGCACUCCGAUUCUUGCCACUAUUUUGUGGACUACUUCGUUCUGGAUCUGAUCAUGUCGCAGGGUGCAUGUGUGGGAUGUUUGGCUUGGAAACUGGAUGAUGGCACCUUCCAUCGGUUUUUGGCCAAAAAUACGGUUGUUGCCGCCGGCGGUUGUGGUCGGGUGUACUUCUCCACGACCGCCGGACACACAUGUACCGGCGAUGGCAAUGCGUGGGUGUCUAGACAGGAGCUGCCGCUCAUGGAUAUGGAAUUUGUGCAGUUUCAUCCCACUGGCAUCUACGGAGCCGGAUGCCUUAUCACCGAGGGAGUUAGGGGCGAAGGCGGUUUCUUCUUGAACUGCAAGGGAGAACGUUUCAUGGAACGCUAUGCUCCAAAGGCCAAGGAUCUGGCGUCCAGAGAUGUGGUGGCGCGGGCCAUGACCAUGGAGGUUCUUGCUGGCAAUGGUUGUGGUCCGCUCAAGGAUCAUGUGCACCUUCAGCUCCACCAUAUCGACGCCAAGAUCAUCAAGCAACGAUUGCCGGGCAUUAUGGUCACCGCCCGGAUUUUUGCCAAAGUGGAUGUGACCAAGGAACCAGUACCAGUGCUGCCAACUGUGCACUACAACAUGGGCGGCAUACCAACGGAUUACAAGGGUCGUGUGGUCACCAUCGAUGAGAAUGGCAAGGAACAGGUUGUCAAGGGACUGUACUCCUGCGGGGAAACUUCCUGCGCCUCAGUACACGGAGCAAAUCGAUUGGGUGCCAACUCCCUGCUGGAUCUGAUCAUCUUUGGCCGCGUCUGUGCUCUGGACAUUGCCGCAAACAACUGUCCGGGGGAUAAGCCGCCCCAGGUGGAGGACAAAGCCACGGAGAAGUCGCUGGAUAAUUUUAAGCGCCUGCGCUGCGCCGACGGAUGCAUUCCCACUGCGGUGUUGAGAAUGGAACUUCAGCGGACCAUGACCAAACAUGCGGCUGUUUUCCGGGAGGGAAAACUGCUCAAGGAGGGUCUGCUCAAAGUGGCCGAGUUAUGUGAACAGUUCAAGGACAUCAAGACAACCGAUCGUACGAUGGUGUGGAACUCCAACCUAGUUGAGACGCUAGAGCUGCAGAAUAUGCUAGCCAAUGCGGUGCACAUCAUUACAGCCAUGGAAAAUCGCAAGGAGUCGAGGGGCUCCCAUGCUCGCGAGGAUUUCAAGACGCGCGUGGAUGAGCUGGACUAUGGAGCACCACUGGCCGGACAGAAAAAGAAACCAUUCGAGGAGCAUUGGCGCAAGCACACCAUGACCUUUGCACUGGGUAACAAAGGAUGUGCAUCGAUCAAAUAUCGCCCGGUUGUGGACACCACCUUGGACAGCUCCGUUGCACCCAUUCCACCUGCUCCGCGCACCUACUGAACAUUUAUGUGUAGUUUUGAGCUGGUACAGUUUCAUUCUCUUACAUUCUCUGGGAUAUUAAAACAAAAACACAUAUUGACUAUCAAAAUGUGGCCAUUUUGUAUAAAUAUAUAAGAUGAAAACAAC